AUGGUACAAGCAUCCGACGUUCUAUUGAUUCUGGUCGCUAUCAUCUUCCCGCCCGCGGCUGCCGCGUUCAUCACCGGAUGCAGCUGCGACUUGCUCAUUAACAUCCUGCUUACCAUCUUGGGAUAUCUGCCUGGACACAUCCACGCUUUCUGGCUUAUCUACAGGAAGAUGAAGGCGGAGGAGAGGUACGGCCGUGGCGGCUUCGUCUGUGAGUACCCCUACCGACCGUAUGUUCAUUUCGAGUUGCAUGUUGACCACGCGUUGCGGUAG